GUAACAACAUAAAAACAUUACAAACAUUUUAAUAUUGAAACUCGUCAACUUUCCGUCCUGUUCUAUACAUACGCGUCUGAAUGUGCACGUCUUGCUGCUCCCUGUUGUCGGAAUUUACUGAGAGCCCGUGAAGGCAACACGAGAAGGAACAGGAAAUGAAAGCACUGUUUUGGACAGACUUUUCUCCGAGCAGACGGUGAGUUUGACUCUAGUGCUGUCGAUUAUUACAUCUUUUUUUUUUUUUUUUUUUUUAAAUGAACAUCUUGUAACACCUCGGCUUUGGACGACGAAACAGACGUUAACAAAUACUAAAAGAUAGCCGCAACAACAGUGAUGUGACUAACUAAACGUCACAAGUAUUUGAGUUGCCUUGUUAAGGUGAAGUACAUAGUGUUCAUCCACCCUGCUCUCCUGCCGGAUCUUCCUCCCCCUUACAUCCUUGAGCCCGGCCUCUCGUCUCUCCACCAUGGACAACCUAGAGGAGGACCUUACGUGCUCCGUGUGCUACUCUCUGUUCGCUGAUCCGCGAGUCCUGCCGUGCUCUCAUACCUUCUGCAAGAGCUGCCUGGACAACCUGCUCCACGUGUCCACCAACUAUUCCAUCUGGCGCCCUCUCCGCCUGCCGCUGAAAUGCCCCAACUGUCGGAGUGUGGUGGAGCUGCCCCCUGCGGGCGUGGAAGCUCUGCCCACCAACGUUUGUCUGCGGGCCAUCAUUGAGAAAUACCAGAAUGAAAGUGAGCCGCGGCCCCCUCCCUGUGAGGAGCACCACAGGCAGCCCCUGAACAUGUACUGCAUCCAGGAUCGACAGCUGAUCUGUGGGAUGUGUCUGACGGUUGGGGAACAUCAGGGUCAUCCCAUAGACGACCUGCAAGCGGCCUUCAUCAGAGAAAAACAGACCCCAGCGCUGCUGCUGGCAAGACUUUCAGAGCGCAGAUGGGCACAGGUGUGUGAGCUGGGGGAGCAGCUGGAGCAGGAGAAGGCCCGCUGUGAGGGUCUGGUGAGGCAGGACCGACAGGAGGUCAAUCAGUUUUUCCAGACACUUGAGGCGGUGCUUGUUCAGAAGAGACACGCCUACCUGGACGCUCUGGAUAAAGCUGGAGCAGAGGUGGCACGGGCCUACGACCCCCUCAUACACAGAGUCAAGGAGCUGCAGGAGGAGCAGCUGGACCUGGUGUCUCUGGGCUCAUCGGUAGAGGAGGAGGACUCGCCGCUGGUCUUCCUGGAUAAGGUGCAUUUGUUCAGAGAGCGGGUGGAGGAGUUUAUUAAAACCCCUCUGCCCUCUGUGAUAAACCUCUCCGUCAGCCCGCGUGCUGCUGAGUUCCUCCAGCAGCACUGGCCCGCUGUGACCAUCGGCAGCCUUGAGGAAGCCCCUGUCCCAAAGCUGUGCUGCUGCGCCCGAUGUGGCGGUGUGGAGGCCGUGAUGGAAAACGAAGCUGGGAGGGAUCGGUCUGACAGCUGGUGGCAGGACCUAAAGCCGACUUCUUCUGUGGUGCUGCUCGGGCUGCUGCUGCUGUUGGGGGUGAUGUGGGUAAACCCAGUAGGAGGGGCAUCACUGGGUUUCUCUCUGCUCUCUCGGUUCAGUCAGGUGGUGCACGGUCUGAGCAGUGAACUGGUAACAUCUGUGUGGGACACAGCAGGCUCGGCGUACACAGUGAUGGAGGCCACUAUAGAAAAAUGGAGCCGUCUCCUCUCCGCAGUGGGAGAAAAGGCCCUCCAGCAGCUGGCUGCCUUAUUUCAAACUCUGACAUCACACUGAAAAAGGUCUGACUGGAAUCAUGUGUUGAUUUCGAAGCUGAGAAAGUCUCCCAAUAGUAUUCCUGUUGUAGAGGAAAAAAAUCCAACCAAACAUUUCUUUUGUUCUAUUUCAGAUUUGACAUCCCUUUGUGUAGUGGAUGUUCAACGAUAAAAACAUGUAAAAACAAACAUUAAGAAAGUGGUCAAUAUAAGUUGACAGCAAAGCAUUGCAGAAACAUUUCCUGCUUUAAUUUUUUGUCAAUACCUCACCAAAGUCCUCCUUAAAAAAAUAAAAAGGCAACAAGUGAACGAAUGAAUUUAGGUCCUAUUAGAGAAAAGGGAUUCAACAGAUGGAUUCAAAUGAAUUAGUCCCUUAAGAAGCGUCACCUGUUGUAUGUAGAUGAUAAUCUGAGGAUGCCGCCCCCCUUUAAGCCUCACUUUUGUGAUUCCCCCAGGUCCUGUGCAGACCUGAAGACAGCCGUGUACGACUUGUUUUUUAUUCCUUAUGCACCACAGAAAAUGUAAAAAUAUUAUUUCUAUGUCGUUAAAAAAUCCUUGUAUAUAUUGAAUUAUUUUAUUAUAUUGUGCUUUGUUCUUUGUUGUGUAUUAUUCAACAUUAUGGUCAAAAUACUUUACUGAACGUUUUAUCAUAUGAAACACUAAUAAAAUAUUUUAUACAUUGAGAAGGUGUUCAGUAAACACUAAGUACUAAACUGGUGCCUUUCUUUCCCAUCAUGCAGUGGGAUGUUUCAGUUGUGUCAGAGAGCUGAAGACUGCAGUACAGCUGCUGCAUGUAUCUCUUUACAGCAGACUGUUUACAUGGUAUGAAGUGCAGCGUCUGAUGAGAGCGUCGGCUACAGAAGCCACAGAUCAUGUUGCAGUGAUGAUCAUCUGAGUGGUUCCCUCUCUGUGCCUUUAACCAUCCUGCCUUUACCUCAGCCCACUUAGCAGCCUUAUUAUAGUGGACUGUUACUCCACCACGAUCAAUAGGUCGUACUUACUGCAGGCACACAGUCCAUUUGAAAAAAUGUGUUUCGGAAAAUCUCUACCAGAGGAUCCCGAACACGUCGCUCUCUUGCUCAAGCACAGAUCAAGAUCUUAUUUUGAUGUAGGAUUGAACAAAUGUAUCAACAGUUUCUAUUGAAUGUUUCAUUACACAAACCUGUUAUUGAGUGUAAGUCUGUCCUCACUGUGUUUUAAAAUAAAAUGACAAAGAUUUCA